UAACUUGCUCCUACCAAAUUCUUCUCCAAUAAAUGGACUGGAUCAGAGGCCACACUAUUGGCCAUGGCUCUACAGCUGUCGUCUCGGUCGCCAUGUCAUGCUCCUCCGGUGAGAUUUUUGCUGUCAAGACCACAGAGCUAUCUCGGUCCGAAUUCUUGCAAAAGGAGCACAAAAUUCUAUCAACAUUGAACUCCCCUUACAUAGUUGACUACAAGGGGUACGAUGUAACCAGAGAGAACAACAAGGUCAUGUUCAAUCUUAUGAUGGAAUACAUGUCCGAUGGGACCCUCACUGAUGAAAUCAGGAAACAAGGAGGCCGGUUAGAUGAGCAGUUGAUCGGAUAUUACACGAAGCAAAUUGUUCAGGGACUAGACUACCUACAUUCGAAAGGCAUAGUGCAUUGCGACAUUAAGGGAUGUAACAUUUUGUUAGGUAAAACAGGUGCUAAAAUUGGAGAUUUUGGUUGUGCUAAGCUUGUUGAUCAGGCUAAAUGGAACGGUGGCACGCCUAUGUACAUGGCACCAGAAGUGGCUCGUGGUGAAGAACAAGGAUUUCCAGCUGAUAUAUGGGCAUUAGGAUGCACUAUUACAGAAAUGGCCACUGGUGGUUCACCAUGGACUACCUUUGGCAACCCUGCUUCAUUGCUUUACCAUAUUGCAUUUUCUGGCCAAACACCAGAAAUUCCAAAGUUUUUGUCAUCACAAGCAAGAGAUUUUUUAACCAAAUGCUUGACAAGAAAUCCAAAACAAAGAUGGUCUGCUAAACAACUCCUUAAUCAUCCAUUUCUUGAGGAGUCCAAUUUAUUAUACAGAAAUGCAAAUCAAGAUUUCAUCACAAAUUCUCCAACAAGCAUUCUUGAUCAAGACAUUUGGAAUUCAGAAACCAAUGAUGAUUCAACACAAGAAAUUAGUCCAAUGGAUUUAACUCUACAAAGGGUAAGAAAAUUGUAUAUGCAAUCAAGAAAACCAGACUGGAAAUUGGAUGAAGGUUGGAUCACAGUCAGAGAUUGCAAUGAAGAUUUGCCAGCUUGCCAAGAUAACAUUUUUUAUUGCAGUAGUUGUAGUAUACAACAGAGAACUAUAAUUAGCACUCUCAAUUUUGUCACACAUAAAAGAGAUUCACCAAAUAAAAUUAUAUGUUCAUAAAUCUGUCUCCUCUCUCAGAGGAGCGGACCCACUAGCAAAUUUUGGGUGCUCCAGCACCCGUUGAACUCAGUCACGGAGUGUAUAGUUGUAUAGAAAAUAUAAAAGAAACAGAUAUAAAUAGUUAAUAGAGCACCCAUGAAGUGAUAAUUUUACUUCUCUAUUAUUAUCAAGCACCCCCGAACUCAAAAUCCUGGGUCCGCUGCUCUCUCUUUUACCUUCCUUGGCUUACUUUUCUUAUUUUGCAUUUUGCAUUUUCUCAUUUGCACUUGUAGCAGAAGAUAUUAGCACACAGAAUUAAAAUUCAACAUCCAAAAUUGUAUAAAA